AGAUGAAUAAAAACAAGGUUCCGAAAUUUUGGUUCCGCUCAACCGUAAAGUCAAAGAUGUCAGUUUUACUUUUUCUUCCUUCUUCUUCUUCUUCUUCUUCUACGCAAGCUCAAACUGUAAAAACUUCCUCAAACUCACUCUCUCAAUCUCUCAGAAGAAGAAACAAAUUCAAGGGUUAGGGUUUUCAGUUUACUGGUCCCUGCUAUUUUUCUCAGCUUCGAAUUUCACUCUCUCUCUCUCUCUCUCUCUCCCUUCCUCGCUUCUCGAAUCAGUGAUUUCUGAGUUGAGAAUCAAGUUGGACCAAGUGGAAGCUCAUUGCUCUUUGUGCAUUUCCAUCACAACGCAUCACAUUUCGUAUUGAAAUCGUCGGAUUAGUAUUAUUUAUUUAUUUCUUUUGUAGAUUUUGCUGGUUCUGUUUACCAUUGAAUUAAGAAUCCAUUGACUUUCUAAAAUUUUUGUAUGAAUCAGCAAUAUUUAGAUUUUUUUGACAGAGAGCCAACAUUCGUUUGAAAUGCCAAUUUUACUAUUAUUAUUAUUAUUAUUAUUAUUAUUUGGGAUUAUUUAAGUUGAGAGUCUGAAGUUUGUGAAACAGAAAUUGUAUUCUUGACUUUGAUAUUUUCUCGUUUAUUAGUCAAAACUAUACUAAAAAGAAAAUGUUCCUCUAAGUUGAGCAGCUGUAUAAAUGCAUGAACAUAUGAAAAUUUGUGCUUUUUCAUGGUUCGAAAGGGCUGUAAUCUUCAUUUUAGGAUGUGUUUUGUGUGAAUACACAGUAUAGAUUAAAAAACUCUUGAAAUGAUUAUUUGUUGAUCUUUUCAUUAGGCAUGAUAUUAUUGUUCAUCACCAUUUUUCUGUAUGCAGUAAAAUGUGGAUAAUUCUGGUUGUCUUAUAGAUAACUAGAUAAAAAAUUCCAAGAAGUGUCUUAGAUUAAUGUUUCCUUAGCUUGUCAACUCUUUUGUUGAUAGAUAAAAUUACAAUAUGAUGAGUUUGCUUUUAGUACGUCAAUUGAAUAAACUUCACUUUUAUUAUGAGAUUUGAUCUAACUCCUUGUGCAUUUUGUGAAACAUAAAGAAAAACAAAAUUCUAUUCUCUAUGCAUUUCAAACAGAGAGAAAAAAAAAAAAAAAAAAAAAGAAAAAAAAAAAAAGAAGAAAACUAAAAAAACUAAUCCUUUCUCAUUGAGUUGUUUAUGUGAAUAACCAUUUUCAUGUUCUAUAACUUAACCAAUCUAACUAGGCAACACCAACACUUUUGACUUUGUGUAAUCCAUUGCUGUAGGUUAGACAUUUUUUUUACUUCAAUUUUUUAUUUGUAUCUCUUAUGCAUGAGUAAAAAGAAUGGCAAAAUUUUACUCGAGAGGAAGGGCCGAAAUACUUUAAACAUAAAAACUGCCAAGCUUGUAGUGCAAUUAGCGGUGUAAUAGAAUUAAUUGAAUGUGUAGUCCAUGAUUGAAGCUUUAAUUAAUAUAAAGGGGAGUGAGGUGUUUUCUAGCCUUCACGUAGGCUUUGAAAUUUAAUCACACUGUAUUGUUUGUUGAUAUUAUUUUUUAUUAUUUAUUUAUUUAUUUAUUUUUAAUCUUAGAUGCAUGAGUUGAAAUAAUAGAAUCACAAUACUUAUAUAAGGGUGGGUUGAAAAACACUAUAUGUGAAAAUGUCCACCUUGUUAGUGCAAUUAGUUUAACAAGUAUAUGAAUUGUAUAUAACUGAUAACUCUGCAGUUUAGGGUUUAGGCCUUGAUGAAUAUUAAGGGGUAUGGAUGUUUGCAAGUUCCAAAAAGCUUAGCUUGAUUGGAUGUGGACUCAGUUAUGCAUUUCAAGCCAACAUAAAAGGUUUAUGAUGGCAAGCACCUCUGACCUGGAAUUUAGUCCUAACAGAAACUACAGGCGUUGGCUAGAUGAAACCUUUGAUGGUCAUGAUACAGCUGACGAUGAGUUAUCAGAUACUUUGGAUGGAAAUGAAGAUAUGAUUCAAUCAUCUACUGAAAAUUUUCCUUUGACUUUUGAACCUUUUGAACCAGUUAUUGGCAUGGAGUUUCAAUCGGCAGAGAAUGCUAGAGAGUUCUAUGAGAUGUAUGGAAGGCGUAUGGGAUUCACUAUCCGGAACAAUCGUACACGUCGUUCACUAAAAGAUAACGCCAUCAUUGGUCGAGAAUUUGUUUGCUCAAAAGAAGGUUUUCGGGCAGAAAAACAUGCAAACCGAUUAAACAGGGUACUUCCAUCACGGCCAGCCACCAGAGAGGGGUGCAACGCAAUGCUGAGGAUAGCAGCAAAAGAUGGAGGAAAGUGGGUAAUAUAUGGAUUUGUAAAAGAACAUAAUCAUGAGCUAAAUCCUAGUAAUGUACCACCUCGACGUUCGCAUAGGAUUGCAUUUUGUGAGGAUGAAAAGGAUUUAAAAAUCCGGGAACUUUCCACAGAGCUGCAUCGUGAGAGAAAGAAAUCGGCAGCUUACCAAGAGAAGCUACAGAUGGUUUGGAGAUAUAUUGAGGAACAUACUCAGAGGCUAUCCUUGAAAGUUGAUGUAAUAACAAAGAAUAUGAGAGAACUUGAGGCUGAAGAGCAAGACAGUUCAUCCUCUGACUAGAGAAAAUACUUCUUGGUGAAGAUAGAUUUUGGAGAGUUGCUGAUCAGUUGGUCUAACCAUUGUUGAUAGCGAAUGAUUGGAGAUAACAUGAUGUCUUCAUGCAUUCAAUACCGGUUUCAUGGAAUAUGUUAACCUAAAAGUAAUUUUCUUUGCCCUAUCUGGCGAUGAUUAGGUUGUAGUACCAGCUGAUGGCUCUAGCCAUGUCUUGAUAUGUUUUGAAUAUGAAUAUAGCAGUACAGGAGAGACAACAUUUUUGCAUCA